UACUUUAAGUAUGUUUUGAUGCUUUUCAAAAUGUUACUUAUACGUAACACUGUGGUAUUUCUACGUUUACUGAAGUAAAGCAUCUCGGUACUUCUACCACUGAUUAUGACCUUUUUAUUCGAGGUUAGAAAAACGUUUGUAGUUAUUCUGGUGUUGAUGUUGGUAUGAAUGGGCGCGGUUGUUUCAAAUUAGUGAUAAGAGGGCAAAACCUUAUGUGUGCAAGCGAUUAAAAAUUAUUUUAAACAAUUUAUUUGACCGUUUGUAGCCUAUAGCAUGUAGCAUUCAUUGUAGCUUGAAAGUAACAACUGUCUUUUUUUUAGUUCUAAACGAAUAAAGCGCGCCGAGUCAUCUGAGGAUAAGAAGUUAACUAUCACGGAUCGAAAAUGCUGCGUGAAGACAACUUUCUUCAUAGGCCCCCAAAGUGGACCUAAUGAUAAUUUAUUUGGGUGGGGUGAGCCUGAAUGCUCCGAUAAUGAAAGCUUAGCAUAAUCUAAUUUAACAGCUUUUUGGAAGUAACUUGUAGUUACAGCAGGGCCACGGAAAUGACAUUGGCUAAAAUUUUGAAAACCAUUUUAAAUGUCAGGCCUUUUCUGGGCUUUGCUGGUGUUUUACAUUAGCCUCAGUGUGUGAGUAACACUGGUGCUGUCGGCUUUAAGUCCAUCAUCACUGUCAUCAUUAUCCUUUAAUGUGGUAGGUCCUCAUGUCUAACCCCCUGCUGUGUCAUUGAACGGUCAGACAGAACAGCUGAAUGCUUCUCAGUUUGGUGACCAAAUCAGCUGUAUAGGCCACUGAUUACACUGAAGUUAUGGUUAGGUGGACAGACAAAGAGCGCAGCACGAUCAGGGCUCUUUGGGAACAAAUAAAUAUCGAUGAGAUUGGACCAGAAGCCUUGAGAAGCCAUGCCUUUCUCAUCAGCAGAGUUUUGAUCGUGUAUCCUUGGACCGAGCGGUAUUUCGGUACAUUUGGUGAUAUCUUCACCGUCACUGCUAUUUUGCAAAACAGCAAGGUAGCAGCUCAUGGUAAGGUGGUGCUAAAGGCAGUGGGCCAAGCAGUGGAGAACAUGGACAACAUUAAAGACACAUACGCUACUUUGAGCCGGUUGCAUUAUGAAAAACUCCACGUGGAUCCGGAUAACUUCAGAUUGUUGGCCGACUGCAUCACCAUAGCGGUGGCCUGUAAACUCAGGAGUGCGCUGGACCCUCAGGCCCAAGCUGUCUGGCAGAAGUUUCUGUCUGCUGUGGUCGAUGCUAUGAGCAGUCAGUACUACUAAAGAGAAAAAUAUACAAUUUGCUAGUUAAACCAUGUGUGUCUUUCUCCUUGUUCUGCAUGUCAUGCAACACAUCACCGAAGCAUUUAAAUAUAUCUUAAUAAACAGAGCAAUUGCUUCAAUCACAUGCUAUUCAUAUGUAGUGCAGUGGUGAGAAAUGUUUUUGCACAGCUUGAUAUUGGUAUAUUUCAGGAUUAAACUAGAGUUUAGGGCACUUGAAAUGGUCUUCUCUUUAUUUUUAUAGGCCUACCCCUCUUAGAAGAUUGUCACAAAUAAACCUUACAAGCUUCAAUCGUUUUUAAAAACUCCCCAUUCAUGUAAAUAAAUGCUACAAAUAAACAAAAUGCUUGACUUUUUUUUUUUUUGCUAAAAGGAAAAA